AUGUGCAGAGCAGUUCGAUACGUCUACCCCGAGUGCGGUCAUCCCGUUGAUCCUGACCCCAAAGUCUGGGUCCUCCAGAGAUGUAUCCCUGCCGUAUCCUUCGGCAGAGACUGCUGGUUCCCUCGCGACCUGCCCGAGAACUACAUAGAGAAGAAGCCCUGGCCUAACGAUAACCUCGCUGAGCCUUGCCGCAUGCCUCACCCACCGCCCUACUCCGACGCUACCUUUGAGGUCAACGCAGAGGCGCAGGAUAAGGAAGAUACCCCCUCCUCUAUUACCCUCAGCGACGUGGGCAAAGACGACAACCUCACGAUCGACGACAUCGACUCCAUCGAGGGAGAAGAGCUUGACUUCUGGGCUCCUGUGGAAGUCAGAUUUGAAGACGAGGACUCGCCCGUUAUCCUCGCUGACAAAAAGACUGUCCUUGCUGAUAUGGAACCUCUGUACCUCGACCCAGCCGACAACUACCACCACGAUGAUAUCAGCCUCCUCGAGGACGGCGAGGUCGAGGACCCCGAACUCACCGCCUAUGUAUCAUCUCGCGUCUGGACCGACGAAGAAAACGCCUACUUCACCAAGGUGAUUGAAGAGACAAACGAAGAGCUCGCCAUGUUUUCAACAGAGGACAACAUCGACUGGAUUAGAGUCUCUUCUGUAGACACAUCUGCCCCUCUUGGCUACGACCAUUAUUUCCCACCGGAGCCCAAGGAUGAAGAAGACGUGGAUGUGCAGAACUUUCAUUGGUUUAAGCCCUGA